AUGGAGCCUGUGGGAUUUGCACAUUUACGUGCUGGAGAAGCUCCCGCUGAUGUUAUUCCAGCACGAUCGAACAAGAAGUACAAAAAAGCAGAUUUGGAUGUAUCCAAGUAA